AUGGCGAGCCAAGGAUUGUUCGGCCAUGCCGGGAGGUCUUCUUCGAAAAAUCUCGUCGAAUUUCGAGCUGGGAAGAUGACUAUGAAGGGCUCAACUGUUACGCCAGACAAAAGGAAAGGAUUGGUGUAUAUAUAUCAAAGUGAUGACUCACUGAUGCACUUUUGUUGGAAGGACCGCAGCGCGGGAACUGUCGAAGACGUAAGAAAAAUGUGACAAUAACCUUUUCAUCAUAACACUUUUGUCCUUUUUUAGAACUUGUUUAACUCUAGUACAAGCUUUCUGUGCUAACUUUUGACGGUACAAAGGACUAACUAAGAUGUCCUUGUCUAAAGGAAUGAAAUUUAUCACGACUAUUGUCCCAAAUUGAUAAAUAUCGAUUAAGUGAUUAUUGUCGACACUAAUCAAUAUAAACUGGGAGUUUCAACGUGAAAGUGUGUACUGUUGUUGGAACUGAAAGAUAUUACUGGUAAUAAAAGCGACAAAUGAACUAUUAGGAAGCACACAGUCAAUAACUGCCCAGUAUAUAGUGGUCAACCGGUAUAUUACGGUCACCGGACAACUUCCCAAAAUUUUCAGUUGCCUUAUAUUUUCUGCAAAGGUGUCCUGUAUAUAACGGUCACCUUGCCAUUUUCUUAGGGUGACCGUUGUACACAGGUUUGACUGUGUAAGCUUAUAUAUGUAAUGGUAACAGGACUGAGUGGAGUCCAAUUCGGUCUGUAAUCAUACGAGUGAUUAACAAAAUCGGACAACCGCGUAGCGGAAGUCCGAUUUGUUUAAUCACGACCCCUGGACAACACGAAGUUCUGUUACCAAUUAAUCAUAACUUCAACAAAAUUUAUUAUAUAAUAGGACUGAAGGGGUUACAGUUAUUUCCAUUACUGAGCAACGUUUCCAAAAAAGUAACGAAAGCCAAAACUAUGACCAUAAGCUUUUCGUUAUAACUCUUUAGUUCUCCUUCUUUGAACUUGUUUUUCGCCAUUGUAAGCUCGGUGGUUACUUUCGAGGGUACAGAAAUAUUAAUGUUCUUGACGAAGGGAAUCAAUAAAUUACUACUCACAUCAUUUUUACAAAUCUUGAACACCUUGUGAUUCCAAACUUAUACCCUACAAUAAUUAUUGCCCUACACUGCUAAAAUUUUCAACAUUUUUUUAACAGGAUCUUAUCAUCUUCCCUGAUGACAUUGAGUACAAACGUGUCAAGCAGUGCACUACAGGGAGGGUUUAUAUCCUGAAAUUCAAGUCAUCCACACGCAAGUUCUUUUUUUGGAUGCAAGAACCUAAGACAGACAAAGAUGAAGAGUACACUACAAAAGUGAACAACUUGCUCAACAAUCCACCGACCCCUGGGUCGAGUGGUGGUGGAGGUGUACUCCCCCCUGGACUUACUGAACAAUUGGGUAGGUGUUUUAUUUUAUUUUCAUUUUUACUCCAUACUUUGCAAUACCACACUUUACUUGCAUUGCACAGCUUUUUUUAUCAUAGUUGUAUGUAAGGUGAUCAAACCUUAGUUAACUUUUCAAAAUUGCUUUGUUGACUGUGAGAUUGACAAUUUUUAGCCCCAUUUGAAGAUGUAAAAUUAUUAGGACAGUACAUAUACAUGUACUUUACAAUGCAAGGAAGUGAAACUUUGGAAAUAACUUUGCUCAAGACAUUCCUGCAAAAAGUGAGGCUUAAUCCACCAACUUGUACUUACAGUUUCUAAUCCUCUCACAAGACAACUCUUGUGUCCCUCAAGGUGAGAAUCUGAUUUCCUCAAGAUGAGAGUCUUGUCUCUGGAGACCACAGUUUUGUCUUCCUCUUGCCAAAGGGUGGUAACUUACUUUCAACUGGAAUUGUGAGUUUUAGUCCUUAUUGACAAAUUACUUCCUUUCUCAACAGCUGAUAGUCAGUUGCAAGGCCUUCUGGGUAAUCUGGAUCAGCAGCAGCUGCUUCAGUUGUUGAGUGGUUAUGGCGGAGGCCUAGGGGGUCAUGGAGGGCUCUCCAGUGCUGGAAGCUCUAUAAGUCCUCCUACAGCAGCGUCACCUACGUGAGUUUGUUUUACAUAAUAAUUAUUUUAAACUGUUUUUAAAAGAGGAGGUAUAUAUAAUGAUGCACACUGUUAUUUAUUACAAAAGGAGCUGCAGCUGCAUCUCAUGGGAUCUUAGCCUAAAAAUUUGGAUUAUUAAUUUGGAAUCCAGGUUUAUAAUAUUCUCCAUCCUAAAUGAUCCUUAGCCCCUAUUUUCAUUAGUCUGCUACACAGCCAUUGUUAGUGGCGUCACGCUGGCAACGCUCCUCCCCUCAAAUGGCUGCUGAAAAUCAAACCACAUGGGUAAAGCGAUAGAUUUAUUAUGCAACACAGCAACUCUGUAUGUGCAGCACAUUUUUUAAAUACGUCAAUUUUUCAUUGCCGUCACCACAUGACGACAAUGUUUAAUGUCAGAAGCCUAAUUUCACAUUUUACGGAGGAGAUAAACAAGCCACCAUGAAAUUUUCUUUCUUCUUUUGAACUGGGAUAUGGUUAU